AUGACGAAAAUCCGCAGUUGUUCUAUGCCUUCAUAUCUGCAUCCACAGGUGCAGGAACUUCUCGACGAGGAGGAUCUCUACUUCACCUUUCGGCCUCCCGGGGAGAAGGGCCCCUACAUCAAGGAAAAAGACACCGCCGUCAUGGGGAAGUUCCGAUGCGGCAAUAAGAAGUGCCCCAACAAAUGGGGCAGCAAGCGCAUCGCAAUCACCAUCCGCUUAUACCGAAAUAACAAGUACACCGUUGUCGUAUACCAUCAGCGUUGCCAAAAGUGCGACGCCCUCGCUAAGCCGGAGCUCGACGAAUCGUACGAAGAGCGAGUAUCGAGGUGGUUAAAGAUAUGGAGUGGAAUCAAUGUUCCUUGGGAAUAUCAUCCGAAAAAGAGGACGGCGCCUCAUCAGAAAUCUCGCUGCGAGGGCUGCAAGGCCGGUCACUGUACCGAGGUCGAUAACUGA